AUGGCUACAUCAUCGGCAAUGCAACCUACAGUCCCUUACACUUUUGCCCAAAAGCUCACAGAACGGCCAUUGCCCGCCACCAUUUGCUGGUUACCACCGAGAGCCGUAGGAGUUGGUUGCAGACCAGAAGAAGGCGCCUUCAAUCACCCCGUCGUCGUAGUCUCACCUUACGAUCACGGAGAUCAUGAUCUCGUGGAUGUUUACCUCUUGACCUCGUUUGGGGGCAGACCCAUCGCGGAGACAAGCAGACCGCCCGCCGUCAUGAUGUACUAUGUGCCUAUUCACCCUGCCGGUGCUAAUCCCACCAUCGGAUCUGUCAUGCUGGAGUUGAUGUCUGGAAGACUUUCCAAGAACAGCUACGUCCAAGUUCAAGAGCGGUAUACGUUUUAUUGGAAUGAGCUUCAGCGCUACCCCGCGAAUGGGGCGAUGCGGCUCACCAAAAAUUCCUACCAAGUGAUGAUGGGAGAAGGUGGAAAGGAUACGACAGAGCUUGCACGGAAGCACCGCCGCGGUCUGGAGUACUACGGCCACGAGCGUAUCACCUUGCACUUUGGAAUAAUCUUGAAUCUCAAUAUCCUCUAA